AUGGAUGCAGAGGGAAGAGGCUACAUGCGCCCUGUGGAGGCGAUCGCCUCCACGCGUGAGCGACGCCUGACAGGCCAGCGAGUCGUCGUUAUUUUAGAAGGAGCGUCACUCGAACUCGCGCAAGGAAAGGAUCGAAGCCUCCAGCUGCUCAACAGCCUCGAACACAAACAGCUCCUGCGCAAAUUGGAUCGUCAGUCCGAUGAGGUUCGCCCCGACAUUGCUCACCACUGUCUCCUCGCCCUACAAGAAAGUCCCCUCAAUCGCGCAGGACGCCUCUGUGUCUUUCUUCGAACCGCCGACGGCCAGCUAAUCGAAAUUUCGCCUCUCCUCACAGUCCCCGUCACCUACCACGAAUUCGCCAAGAUGAUGACCAAUCUGCUCUACGCCCGCCGCCUAAAAGCCGUCGAGAAAAAUGUUACCCUUGCUCAGAUUGUCAAGAACGAGGCUUCGAACUUCCUUCCCCCUAACAGUGUGAAAGUUGCCCUCACAGUCUCUGGACGCAGCGUCGCGCUCCCCGAGUUCGUGCAACAGUUCAAGGACACGAAACAUCCUGUUGUCUUCGUCAUUGGCGCUGUCGCGCACUCAGACCCCACCGACGAGUGCGACUAUGUCGAUGAUAAAAUCUCGAUUGCGGGCUUCGGCCUUACGGCCGCAAUGUUCGAGCUUCCAUGUGAAAUUUGA